UUCUGACAAUAUUUCAAGCCUAUUUUUUGGUUAUUUUCCUUUUUGUGGACUUUUUUUUUUUGUGAUUAAUGAAGAAUUUGAUGAUAUUGAGGAUUGGAUGCUCCACUCUAUAUGGGAGGAGCUUGGAUGUUUUGUACACCAAGUUUAGGAGAAAAAAAUCAUAUUUUUUUUUUUAUACUAUAAUUGGUAGUGAACAGAAGUAGCAGAAAUGGGGUAGUGCUUUUUUAAUUUAUUUUUUAAAAAAAGGUAUGGUUUUUGAGGUUUAUCAUGUUGAUUAUAAUAUGGGAAGAAUUGGGUUGGCUUUGGUUGAUAACUUCAAGUCUUGGUUUUGAUUAAUACUAUGGAUUUUAGUUAUGAGAUUAAUAUAGACUAUAGUCUUAGUAGUUGGAAAUCUAAAAGCUGUUUGUAAUUUUGUGAACAUAUAUGUUGGUGAAUCUUGGAUCUGAAUGAAGCUGAAGAAUAAACGGGACAAAAGUGCUUUGGUUUUCUUAACUGAUCUGCACCUGUUGGAUUGAUGGGUCAUGGGUGUAUAGGACAGUUUGUUUGCUUCUAGUUGCUUCUACUUUGCACUACUUCAGAUUCUUGCAUUGGUAUCUUAAGUCGAAAGUUUGGUUUUUGCAGGGUUUCAAUCAUGUGAAGCUAUAAUUGAGCUUAUUUUUUAACAUGGGAUUUUUAAUGGUUUAUCUUAAGUCUUGAAAGUUGGGGUUGUUGUACUUGUAUUUAAACUUUUAAAUAUCGGAUUUUUAUGUGAGUUUUUUGCUCCCCAUGGUUCCAAUUAUUUCAAGCUGUAAUUUCAGUAUUUAGUUUGUUUGCUCAUAUGGAUUAUUAUGUUUGCAGUUUGAUGUUUAUGGGUUUUCCAAUUUGGUUUCACUCAGUUAGUCCAUAAAUAGAUCUGAGUGUGAAUUUUUUGCUUCACUGACCCAUCAUUUUCUUGACUUGGUGAACUCCGGAUCUGAAUCUGAAGAAACCAACACAACGCAAACUGAAAAGUAUACUUGAUCUGCUCCGAGUGGAUGCUAUAUAUAUAAGGCAGUUUGCUUGAGCCAAUCUGUUGUCACUGCUGCAAGCUUUCAAAAUAUGGGGUCUUACAUGAACUUUAAGAACUUCAGUGAUGCACCACCUGGGGAUGGCGGUAAUAGGAAGCCACAGGGAAAUUCGACGCUGGCCCGGCAGUCUUCUGUAUACUCCUUGACCUUUGAUGAGUUUCAGAACACCAUGGGUGGGCUUGGAAAGGAUUUUGGAUCCAUGAACAUGGAUGAACUUUUGAAAAAUAUAUGGACUGCUGAGGAGAUUCAAGCCUUGACAUCUUCAGCUGGUGGGGGAGAAGGAAAUGUACCCGGUGGAAAUUUGCAGAGGCAAGGAUCUUUGACAUUGCCACGGACACUUAGUCAGAAAACUGUUGAUGAAGUUUGGAGAGACUUGUUCAAGGAAGGUAGUGGUGCUGCUCAAGAUGGGAGCGGCACUAGGGAAUCAAAUUUGCCGCAGAGGCAACAAACUUUGGGAGAGAUGACUUUGGAAGAGUUUUUGGUGAGAGCAGGAGUGGUGAGAGAAGAUACUCAACCAACUGGAAGGCCAAAUAAUACUGUAUUCUAUGGUGAACUACCACAACCAAAUAAUAACACCAGUUUAGCUUUUGGGUUUCAACAGCCAGUUCAAAGUAAUGGGGUCUUGGUUAAUCGGAUAAUGGAGAACAAUAAUUCAGUUCCUACUCAGCCUUCUAGUUUAUCUCUGAACAAUAAUGUAGGUGGAGUUAGAUCUUCCCAGCAACAAAUUUGGCGGCAGCCACAGCAGCAGCAACAUCAACAGCAACAGCCGCUCUUCCCCAAGCCUGCAACUGUGGCUUUUGCCUGUCCCAUGCAUCUAGUAAACAAUGGUCAGCUUCCUAGCCCGCAAAGGAGGGGUGCAAUGGUUGGAGUUGCAGAGCCUUCUGUGAAUACGACUUCAGUUCAGGGCAGCGGGUUACAGGGAGGAGGAAUUGGCAUGGUUGGUGUUGGUCCUGGGGGUGUCAGUGUCACUAGUGUGGCUGGAUCUCCUGCAAGUCAUAUAUCAUCUGAUGUGAUUGCAAGGAGUAGUGUAGAUACAUCAUCUUUGUCACCAGUUCCAUACGCAUUUAGCCGGGGAAGGAAGUGCGGUGGGGUUUUGGAGAAAGUAGUAGAGAGAAGGCAAAGGAGAAUGAUAAAGAAUAGAGAGUCAGCUGCAAGAUCACGGGCUCGUAAGCAGGCCUAUACCUUGGAACUGGAAGCAGAAGUUGCAAAACUUAAAGAAACGAACCAAGAAUUACAGAGAAAACAGGAAGAAAUUAUGGAAAUGGAGAAAAAAGAGAUUUUAGAGAAAAUGAAUCGGCAGUGGGGAAGUAAAAGACAAUGCUUGAGAAGAACGCUGACGGGCCCUUGGUAGAGACGAUAAAUCGGACUGUGGAUAUAAUAACUAGUGCUUGAGGACACAGAUGUAGGUGAUGGUGUUGUAUGAGAUUGGAAUGUGUAUCCAUGAUCUGAUUCUGGUCUUAUACUACAAAGAGUUUGUAGCUGUAUGUAUAGGAGCAGAUAGUGUUUGAGUUGUAAAUUACAAAGAUAAAAACUUUUGUGUUUGUAUACUUGUGUGGUAUCUAUUUGCAAACUUCUUUUUUGGGGGAGGGAAACCUCCAUUA